GCAGGCUUGACCCACCCCGACCAGACAGUAUAAACACAGUGGAGCUGCCCUUGAAAAGUCAGUUGGAGGUUUCAGACAUCAGGGUUCCAGGCACCCAGGAUCUGCAGUGAGGACCAGACACACCUGAUCGCAGGAAUGUGCUCGCUCCCCAUGGCAAGAUAUUACAUAAUCAGAGAUGUGGAUCAGAAAGUUGUGUACACAAGAGAUGACCAGCUUCUGGUGGGAGAUCCCGAUGCAGACAAGUGCAACGCAGAGAAGAUCUGCAUACUUCCUAACAGAGGUCUGGACCGCACCAAGGUCCCUAUCUUCCUAGGAACCCAGGGAGGGAGUCGCUGCCUGGCGUGUGUGGAGACACGAGAGGGACCUUCCCUACAGCUGGAGGAUGUAAACAUCGAGGAUCUGUACAAGGGAGGCGAGCAGGCGACCCGCUUCACCUUCUUCCAGAGCAGCUUGGGCUCUGCCUUCAGGCUUGAGGCUGCCGCCUACCCUGGCUGGUUCUUGUGUGGCCCCGACGAGCCCCAGCAGCCUGUACGGCUCUCCAAGGAGAGUGAGCCCUCAGCCCACACUCAGUUCUACUUCGAACAGAGUCGGUAGGGACAUGGGAGACCGAGUUUCAGCCUGGUACCCCAAACCAAGAACAUGUUACUCAGGGUCUAUGGCAGGCAGAAGAAUGGCUCGUCAAAGAUGUCAGCAUCCUAAUCCCUGGAAUCAGUGACUAUGUUACCUUACAUGACAAAAGGGACUCUGCAAAUGUGAUAAGUUAUGUGCCCUGGGUUAUCCAGGCAGGCUCAGGGUAAUCACAAGUGUCCCUGAGACAGAUGCAGGAUGCAGAGGAGAUUAGGAGAUGCUAUCCUACUAACUUUGAGGAUGGGGUAAGGAGCCAUAAGCCAACAAAUGAAGGUGAUUCCUAGCACCUGGAAAACCCAAAGGAACAGAUCUUCCUCCAGUCCCUCCCUGGGAGUAUAGCUCCCCAUUGCAGAUUUCUAACCCCCAGAAUUGUAAAAUAAUAAACGUGCCUUGUGUGAAGUCUCUA